AGUUAACAUCAUACAUUCAUACUGAUCAUACUGCACUUUACACACGUGUAGGAUAUGCUGUGUUUAUCUAUAACACACACUCAUGCGAUUACUGUUUUACGCUUAUCCCGUUAUUAUUAUUGUUACCUACUCUGCGUUAUUAUGUAAUGUUUAUUGAUUUAAGCGCGUGAAAAUAAAUAGAUUAUCAAUUAUCACACUACUUUUGUUAAAAUAAAAUAAUAUAUUAUAAUCUGUGCACGCGUUCUAUCGACCAUCGCUGUUUUUGUUCGUAUUUUUAUAAAUAAAAUAACUACUCUGAACGCUAUUAAUAGAUUGAAAGUGUUUGGUCGACAACAAGUGAAUACGAGUUUGAUGUAAUCACUUAAGUGCCAAACGGGAGGUCAGUGUUGUGGGUAAGUACCGAGUAGAUAUUAUCUUCCUAGGUCCCGCAAAUUCACGUUUUGGCACGGAAAGUUAAAAAAACGAAAAACAAAAGACAAAAGAAAAAAAACACCUGUUCGAAAAGUUGCCCUUGAAAGUUGAAACAUCGUAUCAUCGGAUGUUUUCGCGUCGCGCGAUAACAGUAGUCGGACUGAUAACCGCUCAGAUAGGACGUACCUAGUACCUACCGCAAUAUCCCGAAACUGCCAAAACACGAAACGGACGACCUUGUGUUGCUUUGUUUAUAAAUAAAUCCGGUAGCAGCGACUACGAAUUGCCGCCACUCACUCCUGAGUCCUGACGUGUGGAGCGAUUACUCAUCGCUUUACCGUUACGGAGACAACAGUGGCGCGGCACAACGUUGUCUGAUAGACGGUUGCUGAGCGGUGAAAUGAUUUUAAAUUACCUUUAGUCGAAGAACUAAUCUAAAGCAGUACCUACGACCGACAUGGAUUCGUUCCUGGACCUAUUCGACCCGGGCACAAGCCCUCCGACCAAUUGCGACGUAUGGCCAGAAGACGACGACGACGCUACCCGUCUGCCACCUGAACCGCAAAUGGGUAAUGUAGAGUACAAGCUCAAAUUGACUAGUCCGUCAAAAUUGCGCUUUGAACAUCUAGUCACGCAGCUAAAGUGGAGGCUAAGAGAGGGGCAUGGUGAAGCCAUUUAUGAAAUUGGCGUUGAGGACACUGGAAAGCUGACCGGAUUGUCUUCUGAUGAUAUGAAGUCCAGUUUGAUCACUUUGGAUCAAAUGGCCCUUAAACUUGGUGCCACUACGUCAGUAUUACGAGAAAGAUCUGUUGGGAAAGAUAAAAUAGUCGCGGAAGUCUUAGUUCGAAAGGUUCCAGAUGACCAAGAAUGUAUUGAAGUUAUGGUUGCUGUAUUAGGAGGUGCAGAUGCUGGUAAGUCAACUCUUCUUGGUGUCUUAGCACAUGGCGAAUUCGAUAACGGCCGUGGUAGUGCACGGUUAAAUGUUUUAAGACAUUUACAUGAACUUAGAUCUGGACGAACUUCUUCUAUAUCUCAUGAAAUUCUCGGUUUUGAUACUGAGGGCGAUGUCAUUAACUAUCAAAAGGCACGUACAGCUGAAGAGAUUAGAGAUCGAUCAUCCAAGUUGAUCACAUUCCUUGAUCUGGCUGGACAUAAAAAAUAUCUUAAAACUACUGUAGCUGGUUUAAGUGGUUACUGUCCUAAUCAUGUUAUGUUGGUUGUGAGCAGUCCAGCUGUCAAUGUUUCUAGUCCUACUCAAUUAGACAUGACCAAAGAGCAUAUGGAUUUAGCAUUAGCACUUAGGCUUCCAUUUUGCAUUGUUGUUACAAAGACUGACAUUACUCCUGCAGACAAUACAAUCAAUUGGUUGGAGUCUGUAUUGAAAUCAAUUGGGUGUCGAAAAGUUCCUCUUGUUAUUAAAUCUGAUGAUGAUGUCAUUACAGCAAGUUCAGCACAGCCAACACAAAAUGUUGUACCUAUAUUUACCAUAUCCAGUGUUACUGGUGAAAAUUUAGAUUUACUUACUAGAUUUUUAUACGUUUUACCACCAAGUAUAAGUAUAAAAGAAAAAGAAAGAUUGGAACAGGAAUGUUGUCAGUUUCAAAUAGAUGAGAUUUUUAAAGUACCAGAUAUUGGUACAAUUGUUGGUGGUGUACUUACGCAAGGUAUUGUCAAUAUAGCUACAGAAUUAGUCAUAGGUCCUCUUGAUAAUGGAACAUUUGUUCCAGUUACUGUACAAUCUAUACACAGAAAUAAAGCUCCAUGUCGUGUAGUAAAAGCAACUCAGAGUGCGUCUUUAAAUUUAGAAAAAGCUAUUCCAGGCUUGAGGAAUGGUAUGGUGCUAUUGGGAAUGGGUGUGAAUCAUAGUGCCUGUAUAUUCUUUCAGGCUAGGAUUGUGGUACUUUAUCAUGCGACGUCUAUACAUAAUGGAUUUCAAACUACUGUACAUAUAGGAAAUAUUCGACAAACUGCUGCUAUUGUUGCUAUCAUGGAGUGUGACAAACGAGGUAUGCACACAAAUGACUCUGCAUCAGUAAUAUUUAAGUUUGCACGUCAUCCAGAAUAUGUAACAGAAGGCAUGAGGUUACUAUUCAGAGAAGGGCAGACUAAAGGAAUUGGAAUUGUUACACAGGUGUUUGCUUUUCAAGUAGUGGCAGGAUAAAUAUUAUGUUUGUAUAUAACCAAUAGUUGAUGUUUACAUAGAAAAAUAUAUUAAAUAGAAUAUUAUAAA